AUGGAGGGUCGAAGUUGGCCAUGGAAGAGAAAGUCUUCGGACAAAGCCACGACCGAGAAACCAGUGGUUGGAAACGAGUCAACUAAUGUUUGUUCUUUGUCCUACUUAGCCUCUCUGGAGAAUCAGGAGAAGUGUAAAAACACAAACUAUGUUCAGAUAACUAUGGAUUCAUACACACAUAUGAGUAAAAUGGAGGAUCAAGUCAAAUUGUUUGAGAGUGAAGUUAAGGAUCUUCAAGAAAAGCUCUCUCUUGCACACUCAGAGAUCAAGACUAAAGAAAGUUUGAUUCUUCAACAUGCCAAAGUCGCUGAAGAAGCUGUUUCAGGAUGGGAGAAGGCUGAUGGAGAAACUUUGGCUCUAAAACGUCAGCUUGAGACUGUUACACUCUCAAAGCUCACUGCAGAGGAACGAGCGUCGCAUUUGGAUGAUGCGUUGAAAGAGUGCACGAGGCAGAUAAGGAUUGUGAAAGACGAGAGUGAACAGAAGCUGCAAGAUGUGGUUCUUGCUAAGACCAUUCACUGGGACAAGAUCAAAGCCGAGCUUGAAGGAAAGAUCGACCGAGCUGCUUCUGACAAUGCGGCGCUUACAAGAUCGUUGCAAGAGAGAUCGGAUAUGAUAGUGAGGAUCAGUGAGGAAAGGUCUAGAGCUGAAGCUGAUGUGGAAAAGCUCAAGACUAAUGUUCAGUUGGCUGAGAAGGAGAUUAAUUCGUUGAAGUACGAUGUUCAUGUGGCUUCAAAGGAAGUGGAGAUCCGUAGCGAAGAGAAGAACAUGAGUUUGAAGUCAGCGGAGGUGGCAAACAAACAGUAUCUUGAAGGAGUGAAGAAGAUUGCAAAGCUUGAAGCAGAGUGUCAAAGGCUAAGAGGGCUUCUGAGGAAGAAGCUUCCUGGUCCUGCUGCUAUGGCUCAGAUGAAGCUAGAAGUUGAAAGCUUAGGGCUUGAGUCAACUUCUGCUAAUGAUCAUAAGUGGGAAGAGUGCAAAAGAGAGAAUGUAUAUCUCACAAGAAAAACAUUGGAAAUGGAGGAGGAGAUUCUGGCGCUUAAAGAACACCUCUCUGCACGUAACAAUGAGCUUCAGGUUUCGAGAAAUGUGUGCGCUAAGACUCUCGGCAAGCUCAAGAUUCUUGAAGGGCAAGUGCAUGUGUUUAGUAGUGACAAGAACGCUUCAAAAUCAAAUGGAAGAAACAUUUCUGAGAGUCCAUCUAGUGUAAUCUCAGUAUCUGAAGAUGGAUUUGAUGAAGAAGGAAGUUCCUCUGAGUGUGGCCAAGCAAAUUCAACAGAUUCUCAUAAAGCAAGAAAAGUAAGUGUUGAUGGUAGCUCGAAGCGUAGGGUUUCUAAUAGACUUGAGUUAAUGGAUGACUUCUUGGAGAUUGAAAAGUUAGCAGCUAAUGAUCCAGAUGGAGCUAACUCAGCUUCAAAGUCUUCCGUUUGCAGUAGCAAGUCCAGUGAGCAAGAUGAGGAUACAACAACACUUGAGCAGAUGUUAAAGGUGCUUCGCUCAAGAAUCAACAGGAUUUUUGAAUCUCAAGAAGGCAUUAGCAUUGAGAAAAUAGUUGAAGCUGCAAGACUUUCUAUCCAAGAGAUGCAAGGAUCACAACUCUCAAGAAGUCCUCUGUUUGAAGUAGCUGAUGAAACUCUAGAGAAACAUGUUUUGUCAUCUCAAGAUGCCGAAAGCAAAGAAAAUGCUCAGAAGAAACAAGAUUUGGGCGCAGCUGUUUCCAACAUUCACCAUUUCAUAAAAUCAGUAACAAAGGAAGCAACACAACCUCAGGAGAUGCAUGGUAAUGGACUGAGUGAGAGAUUGGAGGAUUUCUCUUCAUCAGUUAGUAAAUAUUCGACCGGCGAAUCAAGCCUUUCUGACCUUAUUCUAGCACUCUCCCGCAUUUCGGUUCUAGCUAGUCAUCUAAACAAUGGUGCUUUGAGUCUCAAGCACCAUAGUAAAGAGACUGCAGAGUGCAUCAACAAGGUUACAAUGCUAGACAAAGAGACUGAUCCAAUGGAAGACACAUUUGCUAAGACAGAGGAUCACCGUGGAGAUAAUAACUUAACCAAUGGUCAUGAGUUCUCUGCUUCAUCAUAUAAGAGCUUGUUGAAAGAGAAGGAACAGCUAAAGUUGGAGAAAGAGAACACUGCGUUGGAAUUAUCAACAUGCUUGCAGAAUCUUGAAAGUGUAAAGGUGGAGUUGGAAGAAAAAGAGCAGAUGAUAUCAGAGCUAAACUCAAAGCUCACUUCUUCAGGGGACUUACAAAGCUUGGCAGAAACUCAGCUGAAAUGCGUGACUGAGUCAUACAAAUCGCUUGAAGUCUGCACUAAAGAUCUAGAAGCUAAAGUGAAAAGACUGGAAGAAGAGACAGAGAGACUUGAAAUGGCUUUCUCAAAGGAAAAACAUGCCCAUGAGGAGACUCUAGCUAAAUGCAGAGACCUUCAAGAUAAAAUGCAGAGACUUUCUCAAUCCAAACUACAGCCUAAUCAGGAGAAAGACAUAGCAUCUGCAACAGAAAAGCUUGCUGCUUGCCAAGAAACAAUUCACUUACUCAGCCAACAGUUACAAUCAUUGCAGCCUCAGAGCAACCACAUUCCCAAAUCUCACUCCCCUGAGAAGAAGCUUGAACAGCACAAAACUUCAGAAGCAACACCAAACUCUGCAGUUGAUGAUCUUCCCCAUGAUCAUAUCCUUCAACCAUCUCAUUCUUUUAGACACGCAGUGAAUCCAACGGUCCACGCAAUCAUCAAGUCUAGCUCGGUUUCUUCAUCUUCCAAAGAAGAUAAUGAGAAGCAUACGCGUGGAUUAGCCCGUUUUUUCUCUUCUAAACAGAAGAACAAUGGACGUUAA